GAUUGGGGUAGCAAAACAUGGCGGAUGCUGUAGAAGAGUUUGAAUCGUCCAGUUGUCAUACGACGAUCGAGCUUGAAUCAGUCGGGACGGGAACACCAAACAGUUUAUGUAGUACUCCAGACAUUGAGAUAAGAGGGAAUGAAAAUUGCUCUACCAGUAAUUCAAAACAGCCAUCCAAAUCCGACGAUUCUUUUGCGGACAAUUGCAAGUUCGGUGUCUCAUCUCAGGAAACUAGUGUUGGUGCCUUGCAUCAUAAAAAGAGAGAACUAGGAAAUAUCGAAGCUUGUUCUUCACAAGAAAACUGUAGAGAGUAAGUAUGUUAUUAUUACUCAUUCAAUAUGCCUUCCCAUCACUAACAGGUACCCUAGAAAGUCCCCAAAGCACCCGUUGCCUUCACUGUACAAGUUCAUGAGAUCUUGUUUAUUAAAAGCUUCUUAUUUUUUCCCCUUCUUAGGAAGGCCAGGCAGGAGUCGAAAGAUGUUACAACUGGGGGUACAAGAACCCUAGAAUGCAAAUGGAUUUCUUGUAAUGUAAUGGUUAAAAAUGCCUCGGAGUUAUCGGAACAUGUAAAGACCGCUCAUGUUGAGCCAAUGGCUUCUCAUGAUGUGUUUGUGUGUUUGUGGGAAGGCUGCAAAGUGUUUGACAAACCGAGUUUAUCACAUUCAUGGCUAUCAAAACACGUCAACGCACACACGGGUGUUAAACCUUUUAAGUGUAUGAUAAGUGGCUGCUCAUUGACAUUUUCGUCCCGAGAGGGCCUUGCUAGACAUGUACCAUCGCACUUCAACGACUCAAAACCAUCGAAAAGACAGAGAUCGGAAAACGAUUCGUCGCCUAAAAAAGUGAUGAAAAAGAAGAAGAAGAAAUUGAGGAUUGUCCGGCAAGCAAGACCUCCAGCUCAAGGUUGGUCUGCUUCGUCUAGUAUUGUUGAACAUUUCACUUUUGGAAGGCUAUCAUAGCGGAAUUCUAAUUGUAGAGAAUUCCGUUUCAAAAUUUUUCUUCUUCCCCCAAAGGAAAAAGAAAAUUGAUUCAAAUUAACGUUAGAAAAUAUGCAGGAUUAAAUUACGAUCUUUGACUCAGGCAAUCUCAACACUUUUGUGACAUCUGUGGGUGAAUACUUGUUGGGGGGGCUAAGCCCUGAGUCGACUAUCAGAGCAAGUGGCAGAAAUCAAGAGGUUCCUUUGUACUAUACAGCAUGGGCAGCGGGAAGGCCUCUUCAAAGUGAUUAUAUGGUAAAACCCCGUUAAUACAGACACUAACUGAACCAUAGAAAGUGUCUAUUUUAUCAGGGUUUCUGUUUUAACUGGGUUGAAUUUAAAGAAAAUGUAAGGGCUUUCUUUCCCCAGGGACAAAGCAAACUGUCUGUGGGCAUAAUAAGCGGGUGUCCAUAAAACGGGGUUCAGCUGCAAUAAAUAAGUUUAUUGUUUGAAAAAUAAUCUCUAAGGGGCUUGCAGUUUCCUCGUGUAUGGGCAAGAUAAAUGGCUGUAAGGAAAAGGAAUGAAACCCCUUUCUAAUACAAGUAUAUUAGUGAAGGCCAAACUGCCGAUUGAACCAAAUGUCAGGAGUGUUUAAUAACUCGAGAAAGUCAUUGUAACCAGAUAGCACCAUUAGUUGUAUUUUGAUGAGAUGGGUCAAUUUUUUGAUGCUUAUUAUUGCAGUGAAGGAGGACUUCAUCGACCAACAUGCUGUAUCAAGUAUAAAAGAAAAGCUCCCAUAUGUAAUGCCCGUAUCAUGCUAUAGAUUGGGCAUAGAUGGUGCAAACAUUGUCUUCCAGAGCAAGGUUAGUGGUAUCACCCUGUCCCUUAAUGCCAUUUAAACAUGUGGUGGUUAUGUAAAUAUCCACUUCCAGUUGGCCGUCAAACUGUUCUUGCAACAUAUCAAAAGAAACAGAAUAUUACAUGUAGUUGGGUGAGAUGAAAAAUUGAUUUCUAUUUGGUUUUGUGAAUCAUUAUGUACUGUUUAUGUUGUGUUCAUAUUAUGGCAUAAUAGCAAGUACUGCUGUGUGCAGAUUGUUAAAGACAAGUCUUCUCUUCUUGACAGAAGGAAGAUUUGGCUGUAAGGACAUUAGAUUGCACAAAGAUAUUAGCUAAAACCACCAAAUUCUUGAAAGUUAUGCAGAGCUUUUGGAACCCAUCUGGAUCCCUUCAUCAGGGAUGUUCGCUGUUAUUUGCAGCCUCGGUUUGAUGACCAACCUGCAUUAUCUCUUCUUGUUGUAACAUAGUGUUAAACAAUGAACCUUUGCCAAUAUUAUUCAUUAUUUUGUGCCUGCUUAUCAAUUUCAAACUGAAAGCAAUGUUUUGCAAAGUUUGUGGAUUCCUUGAAUGGUUUGAAAUCCUCAUCUAAAUUAUUCUGGCAAUGCACUCUUUUAGACAUGGCUCUUUUAGCAAAUAUAACAUUUUUUGACAUCUCUACCUUUUGAGAACUUAUCGUACUGAAACUUGACAUGGAUAUGAAUUCUCUUCACUUAGCAGUUCAAGUUAUGAUCACACACGUGUGUUUCCAACAGAAGCUGUUGGUUUCCUAGUUUAUAGUAAGUGAGAGCAAUGAAAGAGGUAAUAUUGAUGUUAAUGCUUUCAAUAAAUGGCAGGUACUUGGACGAAGAACUGAAGAGAAGUCAGGGAACAUAGACGUUCUUCUAAGAUGGUUACCUGAAGACAUGUAAGUUUGUGUAGAAAUAAAUUUCUCAUUUGUUUUAACUUAUUAUUAUUGUCAUUAUUAUUUUUAUUAUUAUUAUUAUUAUAAUUACUAUUAUUGAUUUAAUGUUAUUAUUAUUUUUAUUGUUACUAUUAUUUUUAUAUGUAAGUUUGUGUAGAAAUGAUUUUCUCAUUUGUUUUAACUUAUGAUUGUCAUUAUUAUUAUUAUUACUAUUAUUGAUUUAAUAUUAUAUUAUUAUUAUUAUUGUUGUUACCAUUAUUAUUAUAUUAUUUUUUAAAAGAUGGUCACUCACACUCUUAAGUUCUAUACUGAUGGCAAGUUGACAAAAACAACACGGACUUAAUUCAAUAAGGGAAAAGAAACAAACAGUACUGAUCACUCAACAACAUAAUGGCCCUACCUCGACGUAUUUCAACUGCACAGAAUGUUGUUUCAUUCUUUGGCAUGCACAAAUCUAGUAUCUUGAGAUUUCGGAAAGAAAAAAUGUUCUUAACUGAUGACAUUCAUUGUGACCUUGUUAAUCGUUCCUGAUAUACAUUGUAGAUUACAUCUCAAAUUUUCCUUCUGGUUUGGUAACUUAACUGAUGACAUUCAUUGUGACGUUAUCAAUCGUUCCUGACAUACAUUGUAGAUUACACCUCAAAUUUUCCUUCUCGUUUAGUAAUGACCAAGAGCAAUUAUUUUGCCACGUUAUUUUUCAGUUGUGUUUAAUUUGUGAUAUUGAUAUUAAUGAAGACAGUUUUUUUAAUCCGCAAGGCAAAUAAAAAUGUCAACCAAGUGGACCCAGUUUAUGCAAAUUAAUGGGAAAAAGGAGGAGAGAUUUUUCGUCGCUUGGGCUUCCGCCCUUGUUCAUGGCGGCUUCGUCGCUCGCCUCUCAUGUGCGCUUUCUAUCUACUGUCACUCAAACUUUUUCAGGCGCGCGAAGCGUGAGAGGGAGAUUCUUUAUGUUUUCUGCUGCAAAAGGGGCUUACUACCGGAACCGGAAACGAGAAGCGACUGACUUUGAGAAAGUCUUUCUAGUCGUGUCUAGCAAUGUGAUGAAAUUUGAAUGAUAUUAAUUGACCUGCCAUCCUUGGUUUACAGAUUGCCAGACGAAUGGGUUCCUUUAAACGAUGUCCAGAAGCAUAGAACACGCACAAUACACAUUUCUAAGCUUCCGAAUGACGUAGCUGCCGAUCUAGAUCCUUCUUUCUACAGACGUCUUUCCCAUAGAAAGCAUCAUCGAAAAUAACAAUAAGGCAUCGUUUGUACAUUUGUUAAUGGCCUGCGAGCAAACUCUCCAUCCUGGGGACGUCGAGAGGAGACACGCUCGGGCGGCACUCGAGAGGAGACACGCUCGGGCGGCACUCGAGAGGAGACUCGAGAUCAAAGGAAGAGGAUUUCCUCCACCCCUCGCGGCUUGCUUCUCUCGACACUCGCUAUGGAGAGCUUGCUCGUAGGGUAAUUAUAGUUAACUUCUUUAUUUCCUUACAUUCGUGAAAUACUAAAAGAUGAUCGCAAGAAAUACUUUUUUCCAAAGUCUUUUUCUUUCUGUAUCGCUGUUAUUUUCCGACGAACACUUCAUGGUCUUUUCGCGUCCUUUACGAACGUAAUUUUUCGUGUUUUACAUUUUAAUAACUGUUAGGGAAGUUUUAGCUCGAGCUAAAUGUCUUCUAGUCUACAAUUAAUUCUUCUCCAUUGCAAAUUUAGAUUGGUAUUAUUGUCAAAUGUUUUCAGUCAAGCAAACAAUAGAGAAGAAUAGCUUUUCCACAGUACUGGAGCUUGAAUAGUUUCGUCUGCUGAUUGAUUUCUCGGUGGAAAAUAGACAUAGAAAACGGACCUUAAUGAGCCCUCGUGGACUCAGCAUAGUCAAUUCACGUGGAGGCUAAAGUUUUGUAAAUACUUUCCAACAUUUUGCGCCAUAUCAUUUCAUUACCAACGUCUGUUCAUGUUGAUAUUAGGGAGCUUAAGCAACAACGACGGCGACGUCUACGAAAACGUCACUUAAAAAGUGAAUUCGCGCUGCUUCAAACUUUAUCGCGCUUAUUCCGUCUCGUUCGAUUUGUCAAAUGUUGGCAAAUUUCUUUGGAGUAGAAUUCUAAAGGAUUGUAUCAAAGUUCAGGAAAAGAAAAAGGAAAAUGGUUGUUUUGUCUUCCAGUCGUCGACAAAACGUGAAAUUAGGGAUUUUCGCGUUGUAGUCGUGCAACGACGUGCAAAUUUAUUGUUUUGCCAAUCUGGACCUGUUGCUUUUUCCCCAUUUUUGUUGCCGUCGCUGUUGUCGUUGCUUAAGGUGAUGUUACACAGGACGAUUGGCAACGACGAUUUUUCGUGCAACACAGCAUUGCAAUGUUGGAACAAUGUUGGAACCAUUCGAAACAAUGUCGCAACAAUGUCGCAACGCUGGGUUGCACUAAAAAUCGUCGUUGCGAAUCGUCUCGUGUAACAUCAGCACCCUUGUAAGAAAAGAAACACAACUGGUACUCAUCUUCUUACCAACAGCUUUGGGGUAAAAGUAGUCAGGUAGCUUAAUUUUCCCACCUUUCUAUUUUUACUCGAAGCCAUUUUUUUAAAUUCAUUGACUGUAUAGAUAAUAGUUAGGGUAAACAACUUCUUAUCUCGCACCAAUGAGUGUAGUAAAAACCUUGGGUUGGGAAUAAGCGGCCACGUCAUUUUGUUUAUAUGUUUCGGUUGCAGCUGCCUUUACAAAAUUAUUUACAACAGCCUUUAUUUGUAUUCUCCAAAAUUUAUGGGAACUAGCGUGAGGUCGAAGCUAAUGGGGGAAGGAGCAGCAGGGUUUUAAGGGGAAGGAAGAGAUAAGCAACAGGGGAGACAGCGAAGGGAGAGAAACUUUUCGUCCCCCUUCUGCUUUCUUAGCGUGAGAGGAGAGGGGGGUCUGUGCAGAGGCUACUGCUUUCUCCGUUAAUAAUCUCCUCUCCCCAACCCGCAAGGGUUAGCCUCGACUGAAAGCUAGUCCCAGUACAUUACUGGAAAUACAAAAUGAUCCAUUGGUGCCCAGUCAACGUGUUCUCUUUGGAGGCCAUCAUAGUCCUGCCCACGGACUUAUCAUCGCAUCCAUCAGUAACCGGUUACUUAAAGUGCGUUCGUGCGGCCGAUUCUGACCAGUUUAAUCUUGUCUUUCUUAUGAGUAUUAGUAAAGGAUCCCGGAAAUCUCAGAUAAAACAGGUUUAAAUAACGGGGAUAACCCUUACUGCUUGUUUUGCUUUGUUAGAAACGCUGAACUCUUUUUAGGGCGUCCAAAAAGAGCUGGUCUCGAAGGUGUGCGACUUAAAGAGAGUUCUCCAACUGUGUACGAGUAUAUUCGACUUUUUUGUAAGUAGGAUGUGUAAGUGUGGUUACCGGUAGUUUCGCUACAAGCUCGUUUCGCUCCAUAAUGAAGUCAUUUCGCUGCACAGUCGUUUCGCUUCAUCAUAAGUCGAUUCGCUGCCACCGGCUUUUUGUAUUAAACCGUUUUAAAAACGCUUAGAAUGAACUCGGCUACAAGCGGGUUAGAAAAACGUGAAGCGAAACGAUCUUGUAGCGAAACGACUAUACACCGUAAGCCUGUGUUUAGGAACAAGUGUCCUACGCUUACUGCUGUUUUGUUCUGGUUGCUUCUCUG